AUGUCGCACGGUGCCCGAUGCACCUAUCACAACGAAGAUUCUGGAUCCUCGGGCUAUGACGGCGACAGCGACGAUAACGGUCCUACCAACUAUCAGAAGCUUACUGUGGCUCCUGGUAAGAACGCUCGUGCGCCUGGAGGUCGCCUUGGCAAGAAUGUUGGUAUCCCGCCUCCUUGGCACACCGGUGCACCUCACUCAGCUUCUUCGGGUCGACCCAGGGCAGGAUCAGAGUCUAGUGAUGGAGAUGCUUAA